AUGGCGAACAGUGGCUUUUUUAAUCAUAACAAUAGACCUAAUAAUCUUCAGAUACAGAAUUUUUCCAGAAUUAUUCGAAGGAUGUUUCCAAUACAAUAUGUGAAAGGACCCAGUCCACUUGAUGUCUACUUAAACCAAAUAGCAAGACAAAUGGUGGACCAUGCCUUUUCUAGUGCAGAAGAGACCCAUCGUUCCAUGUUGACAAUGGACACAGACACUGAGACAGAAAAUGUUGCUUUGAAUUUGAAAGUACUCAAUAAAGUUAAUCGCUUCAUUUGUAUAUUCGCUUCGUUCGUCUUCUGUACUCCUGAUUACUUCGAUGUAUAUAUAGGCCUAAGCCUAUUUGGUUUUUACUGUUUGUGUUUUUAG